CUCGACGAGAGUGACGAGAAUGCCUGCGCGCGGUGGUCGCUGGCGCCUGCCGACCCUGCUGUGCCUGGCGCCGCUGCUGCUCGCUCCGGCGGAUGCGCUCGCGGCCGGCGGCUGGUCGAGCCGUCCCGCUCGCGCCGCGCUGCGCACGCGGAUGCUUCGGGCGAGCGAGCCUGCCGGCGGAGAGCCGGGCCCAGGGGCUGCUGCUGGCGGUGCGGCGAGCGAUGCGGACGCGGGGAUGGGGCUGGUCGGGCGAGAGGCGCCCGACUUGGAGGGGCUCGACUUCGAGGCGCGGCUGCAGGUGCUCGCCAAGCAGUACGAGAAUGUGGUGCCGGUGGACCCAAAGGUGCAGGAGGAGGAGGACAAGCUCGCGCCGGCGCGCGAGUGGGACGACGACGAGAAGUUCUGGAAGCCCGACUUUUGGACGGCCGUCUUCGAGGACGUCAAGGACGUCGAGUACCCUUCCAUCAAGAAGGUGACGCAGACGCUCUUCAUCUCGCAGGUCGCCUUUGUGGUUGUGAUUGUGCUGGUGCUCGUCUUUGACGCCCUCGCCGACGCCACCAUCCGGUCAGUGCUGCUGGGCGACGACUUCUCCAUCACGAUGGACAAAAUCCUGAAAACCGCCGGCAAGACGCAGCCCAUGUGAGCCCACGGCCGCCGCGCGAGCGGGCGGGGCGGGGCGGCGUGGAGAGCUGACGCUGAGCGCGGUCUGUCACGCAUCAGUGGCGACUGCCAACCUCUGCUACCGACGUACUAGCACCGCACUCGAGUCCCCUCCUUCGGCGUGCCGGAAUGGAAUACGUGUGUCUGCCUUUCGCGCUAUUGAAAUCCAUUCACAGCA